AUGUCUGACACAUCCCAGGAAGUUGACCCUUUGAGAGUUUUACAGGAUUAUCAACUUCAUUUGGUUGGCUUGUUAUACAAUGUGAUGGUAAAUCCAUACAAUAUGAAGAUAUGCAGGGUUAUAGUACCCCUACAGUUGCAGGAUACAGCAGUUCAGCUGGCACACAGUUUGCCGGUCUCUGGCCAUGGAGGGGUAUUAGCAACACUGGUCCGGUUUAGGAGUCCUGCAAACAAGAGUACACAUGGAUCUUGUGGGACCCUUCCCAUCUUCACAUUCUUCUGUAAGAAUGUACUUAUGUCCCAUAAGUACAUUCUUACAGUGGUGGAUGCUCUGACGAAAUAUCUAUAUACAGCCCCUCUGAAGUCAAAGGAGGCGUCAGAGGUAGCACGGGCAUUCAUUAGCACUAUUGUUACAAAUGAAGGGGCUCCUUCUCAGGUUAUCUCUGACGGGGGAGGGGAGUUCCUAAAUGAACUAUUUGAGACUGUUUGUAAACAACUGGGAAUUGAUAAAUGGGUAAUAACUCCAUAUCAUCCUAGCUCUAAUGAGCAGGUAGAAAGAGUAAAUGGGGUUCUAACAAAGAUUUUGAGAACAAUGGUUGUGGAUAAUCCAGAAAAUUGGAGCUCAAUGUUGGCAAUAGCCACGCUGGCAUACAAUACUGCUUAUCAUCGUAUAAUCAGGGAUUCUCUAUUCUUUGCUUUAAAGCACAGGGAUCCACAGUGA